CGAGACGGAGUUUUCGUCCACCAAAAGAUGCUUAAACCCGGAAUGGCAUCAAGGCUUGUCAAAGCUUGUGUCCUGAGGCGACUCGCCGCGGAAUACGAGUGUUUAUAUUUGCGGUCCUUCUCCGGAAAUAGGAGUCGGUAACGCAGGUUGCCAGACAACAACAACAUACCCUCCCUUCUUCUUGCCAGAUUACACGGAAGAUCUGCAGACGCGAAUUGGGGCGAAACAAUUCGAAGUACUAGUCAUCGCAGCAACUACUCGCUCUCUGACCGCUUGUCUCACAUCCCCUGCUACUAUCACGAUUCUCAUACCCAUCUAUGGAGAAUAAAAGACAAGCACAAGCGCGGAAACAAUCACGGAGUCGCUCACGAUCCCGUCCACGGCGAUCUGAUGGUCCACACCUACAUCGAAUACUCUCAAGCCAGUUCCCAGAUGACCACUCCGUCUAUCAUCAUGAAGACGGCGAGGGAGUACAUGUCGAUGACGAUGCAAGAUCACUUCACAAGACUGAAACUGAGCGACGAGAGAUAGAAACAUCGAGCAGCGACGAUGACGAUAGUUUGAAUGACGUGGAUGAAAAAGAAGAAGCAUCAAACGAGAAGGACGAUGCUGCGCAUGCGGAUGAGAGGACACGUGAGGAGAUUAGAGGUGGCAUCCCGAACGAGCAUGAUGUUGAAGCGUCAGCUCCAACGCUGGAGAAGAAGACAACGACGAGAUCCACGAGAGACCCAAAUCUUGUGACAUGGGAUUCGGUCGAUGAUCCUGCAAACCCGAAGAACUGGUCCACGAAGCGCAAGUGGGCUGCUACAUUCAUUGUAUCUUCCUUCACGCUCGUUUCACCAAUCUCAUCUUCAAUGAUCGCACCUGCUCUUACAUCGAUCAGCGCCGAGUUCAACAUCAAAAGCGACGUUGAAGCAGCUCUCACACUAUCCAUCUUCGUCCUGGCAUAUGCGAUAGGACCGUUGUUUCUUGGACCGCUAUCUGAGAUCUACGGAAGAGUGCUUGUCCUGCAGCUUUCAAAUCUGUUCUAUCUGGCAUGGAACUUGGGCUGUGGAUUUGCACAGAGUUCUGGACAACUGAUGGCGUUCCGGUUCUUCAGUGGUUUGGGCGGGUCGGCGCCAUUAGCUAUCGGUGGUGGUCUUCUCAGCGAUUGUUUCUUGCCCGAGCAGCGUGGCAGAGCGAUCUCAAUUUACAGUCUCGCACCCCUACUAGGACCAGCAAUCGGACCUAUAGCCGGGGGUUUCAUCAGUGAAAACACUACAUGGCGAUGGUGUUUCUAUGCCACAACCAUCUUCACUGCUAUUGUGCAGUGCUUCGGCUUUUUCUUCUUGCAAGAGACGUAUGCGCCGAAACUGUUGGCUUGGAAGCGAGAUAGAAUGCGCAAAGAGACGGGCAAUAUGGAAUUGUAUACCGAAUUUGAUCGCCCUGAUCGAACACUCGCCACUACGAUCAAAGUCGCAUUGCAGAGACCGUUCAAGCUACUAGGCACACAGCCGAUUAUUAUCGUCCUCGCUUGUUACAUGGCUUACCUCUAUGGCCUUAUGUAUCUCAUGUUGUCAACAUUCCCCGGGCUUUGGACUAUACGGUAUGGCAUGAGCGUCGGCAUCGGCUCUCUCAAUUUCAUCUCAAUGGGCUUGGGCUUCUUCCUCGGGACACAGAUCACUGCUCCUCUCAAUGAUGCGCUCUACCGUCGUCUCAAGAAGCGCAAUAACGGCGUGGGGAAACCAGAAUUCCGCGUUCCACUCAUGGUGCCGGCAUCUCUACUCGUUCCCAUCGGACUUUUCCUCUACGGCUGGAGCGCUCAAAAGCAUACCCAUUGGAUCGUGCCAAACAUCGGAGCGUGUAUAUUCUGUGGAGGAGUAAUUGUGGGGUUCCAGUGCAUCCAGACGUAUCUGGUUGACUCGUACACAAGGUAUGCUGCCAGCGCUAUUGCGGCAGCAACGGUAUUGAGGUCUUUGGCUGGAUUCGGCUUCCCCCUAUUCGCUCCAGCGAUGUAUAGAGCCUUGGAUUUUGGUUGGGGAAACAGCUUGUUGGGUUUCGUUGCGAUUGCGCUCGGUGUUCCGGCGCCAUUCAUGUUAUGGAAGUUUGGCGCGACGCUGCGGGCAAAGAGUAAAUUCGCCGCAGGGUAGCACAUAAAUACCACCGGAGGCUACUGGAGAUAGGGUUGUGAUGUACAUUAAUGUUUGGACAUGUCCAUGUUCUGGAAUUGAGCAUCAUUGAGGCUCUUACUUGAACAAGCUACUUGCCUAAACCCCAG